AAUAUUAAUGUGAUCCAAUGAAGAGCUGAAAGAAAUGAAAAAACAACUUCAGAAAUUACAGCAGCAAAUGUCUCAACUUCUGUCCAGGAAGAAUCCAGCUGAAUUCAAGUCCAUGUCAAGGCAGAACCAAUCCUACUCUCCUUCACCUCAGUUAAAAACAAAGCCCAAGCCUUGGUAUUGUUUUAAUUGUGGAGAAGAUGGCCAUCUUUCCUCCUCCUGCACAAAUAAAGCAAACCCCAGUCUCGUUGAGCAGAUAAAGAAACUGUUACGCCAAAAGCAGCAAGCAUGGGAUGCCAAGAAUUCAAAAUCAUUAAACUAGAAACAGCUUCUGUUGUGGGACACACAGAAGCUGUGUAUAUGAACAGUCCCAAAGAACGCAAAAUGAAAAUACUGCCACGAGGUCUUGUUGGCACAAAGAGCACAGGUCAAGUUCAAAUAAAAGGAGAUCAGUUCAACUGCCUCCUUGAUUCCAGCUCACAGGUUACUACUAUCCCCUACUCUUUCUACAAUACUUACAUCACGGAUCAUAAAAUCAAACCAAUAAACAACCUGUUGGAAAUAGAAGGAGCAAAUGGACAAACAGUGCCUUACCUGGGAUAUGUAGAGGUCAACAUAACCUUCCCGCCUGAAUUGUUUGGUUUACCUGUUGAAGUAGACACAUUUGCUCUUGUAGUACCUGAUAUUAAACCAUCUCAACAUUUGAUUCUCAUUGGCACCAACACCUUAGAUGUUGCUUAUAGCAAACGUUUUGAUACUCAUCCUGACCAGUCAUUUCAACCUAUGAUCUCUGGGUUUAUAGCAGUGUAUAAGAUCCUCCAACACCGCUAUGCCCAGAGUUUGAAUGACUAUAGUGCAACUGUCACCCUGCAGUCUAAUCAGCCUCAAGUCAUUACUGCUGGUCAAACCACAGUUGUAGAAGGAUGCUUAGCUGCAAGACUAUGGCAAGAUGAAAAACAAGUCCUCCUUGAAAAUCCUAGUUCCUAUGCCCUCCCUGGUGGGCUCAUGGUAAAAACCUGCCUCAUUGACUUGCCUCAACAUCGGCCUUGUCAUCCGCCAGUUGUGAUAAGCAAUGAGUCUGACCAUGAAAUUCACAUUCCAGCACGAGCAGUCAUAGCGGAAAUCAGCACUUUCCAGAGUGUGAUUUCACAAGAGCAAAAAGUCCAGAAUUCAACCCAAUCUACAGAGUCGCUACAACCAUCUCAACCACAAUACAACUUUGGAGACUCACCGUUAUCUCCAGAAUGGAAGCAGCGAAUUAUCCAAAAACUCAACAGUAUUCCUGAGGUGUUUGCAAAGCACGACCUGGACAGACAAAGUUAAACAUCA